GGAAAUCAUUCGGAAUAGGGCAAGUCGUUUCAUUACUCGUAAUUAAAGUGCCCAGUCUAGCAUAACGCAGAUCAAAGCCGAACUGUCGUUGCAUACGUUGAGUACUCGCCGCGAUAUUGCAUUGCUGUCAUUAUUCCGUAAAUUCAUCCACCCUGACGGAUUAUCCCUACCAUGAUUGAAACACUACGUCUUCACAUCGCGCAGAUUGCGCAAUAAUUUCAGCUAUGUCUGCAUAUAUGAAGCGACACCAAGCCUUUAAAUUUUCACCACUUCCGGAUAGCAUUGCUUCGCUCAGAAAUCAUGAUACCUAUUGCAGAAUUUUGGUCAAAGAUUUUUCUCCACACUGUGCGUAGGGUUGAGUUAGCGCUACAUUACGUUUCUACACUACAUUUACGUUUUCAAUGUAUUGGCACGCGUUAUGCCAUAUGUUUGUUUUCCUCGUUUUUUGUUCUCUUAACAUUACGCUUUGUAUAGCGUCUCAACGCAAAGUAUCUUGCUGCUUUUAUGUAAUACUUCUGGCUGUUCUUGCUGUUUAAAUGCAGUGCUUAUCUGCUCAUUCUUUUGUUUCUUUUUUUUCUUUGUUUUUGACAUCUUUCUGUACGUACGUAACAUUUCAUCGUUUUGUGCCAAUGUUUGAAUACCUUUAUGGAUCGAUAUCUUCUUACCGAUUGUACCUUGUGAUAAACUGUACCAUACGGGCCCCCUCACGCUAUGCCUCUUCGUAGACCUGUGAGGUUUUUCUAACAAAAAAAAAUAAAAGUUUUCUCCUAAACUGGAAACGACAAUAUUAUUUGCGCCAUUACGACAACCAUAAACAAGCUUAAAAACUAGCGUGUAUCGGGCAAAGUUGUGAAAGAUGUAAGGUGUGUCUUGUAAUUACUUGGAGAUAAUUCCUGCUUUAUUAUUAUCUGCUUAAAUCUGAAUGUUCCGCCCUCUGACAGGCUGUUUGGUUGCGACUUUCCGCUGAGCCCUCUUGUGGUGAGCUACACCUUCAAGAACAUCAGCUCCGUCAUCGCAAUCGGCCAUGACAUUGCAGUUGUUUUGAAGGCUAAAACUGCCGCAGGGGAGAUGGAAGACAUCUUUCUAGGCAUGACGGUUCGCCAGCCGGAGGGUGACAACUACACGGUGACAUGGGAGACCAGCGGAAGGCCCGCGGACAGCGAGGGGGCGUCGGGGACUUACUGGCUCACUAGAAAAUACCAGCUGGAAGACGUGCGGGGUGCGGACGGUGCCGUUCUCGUGGAGGUUGGCCUCCAUUUAUUCUCCGUCAAUAGGGAAGCUAUCGUUUGCCUGCUGGGCCAACUUGACAUCUCACGGCCAGCCGCUGAAAACGUUGUCCACGGUAGCGACGACAGCGAUGACGACUACGAACCAGAGAUGAAGCGGCAGCGAGACGACCAGGACGGACUUGAAUCGAUUGAAUUCGAGUAAUAAAAGAACGUGUU